GGUGAGUACUUUGUCUUAAAAAUUGAAAAAAAAAAUGUUUUUAAUAAGUGUGUACAAUUUCAAAUUAAGAAAUUAUUUUGGAACAUUUGGAACACAACAAACGCGGGAAAAAAUUGUACGACUUCGCGGGAAAAAUUACGCAAUUUGAAGUUAUUAAAGUUAAUAUAUUCGUAAAGUGGAAAUAAUAAUGUCUUCAAAGAAAUGUGGAAAAUCGAAAUUUAUAUCAGAAGAUAUAAAAGAUUUGAUGAACGAGUCCCAAUUCUUAAAAGAUUCGCCGCUUACUAAGAAAACUAUUAAGCGCGCAAAACCGGACAAUUUAGUAGAUGAUGGUCCCCAAAUCAAUCAAAUUGGAAAUAAAAAAAGAAAAAUUGAAGCUGAUAUUGAAGCUAGUACACAAUCUCGACAAAAGAUUCUAGACGUUAUGGAUCAACAAUUAAUUUCGAGGAAGAAAAGCAAUGAAAACCUUUUCAAGUGUCUUUCUGAUUUAAUAUCACAACUGGAGAGUGAUCAUACUGUAAUGAAGGAGAAUGAACAAAAACUGGAGCAACUAACUGCGGUGCUGAAUAAGUGCAUACAGCAAGCAACAGUUGCUCACAAGCAAAUAUUGAAAGCAUUGAAGGAAAUUCAUGAUUCCUUUAUGAAACAAUGCGAUGAGAUGCAGUCGGAACAUAAAGCAGAAACAAAUCAACUAGCAGAUGAGCUUGCAGAAGACAUAAAAAAAUUACAACAGAAGCUAGUAUUAGACACUAAGCGUAGUGGAUGGGAAGCAAUGCGUCGAACAAUAUUUCAUGCCAUGCAAAAUGAUUUUUGAAUGUUGAUGACAGUUCUUUUUUUUUUCAUUUCAGUACCUUAUAGAAUAAAAUGAAAUUUUAUAAUA